UCCUUUCCUCCCUCAAUUUCUCAUCCUCUUCCGAUGUGGGACAAACUCCAUCUCUCAAUAUCUCAUUAUUUUUGGUUCUUCUUUGGUUGAAUUACUCUGAUAUUUUGUUUCUCCUUCUUUCAUUUGUCAUCGCCGGCGAAAAUGCAUUCUCGAUUCGCAUCCAUUACUAGAUCCCUCAAGUCCAAGCAUCCUUCUCUCUUCUCAUUCUACUCCACAAUCGAACCCCCAAAGCAGCCUCUGUAUCCUCAAACCCUAGAUGGGCUUCGUCGCCGUUUGGCUGAGGAAUCCCCUGCGCUCGGUGACUUUACUCGGCUUCAAUCCACUGAUGAGUACUCUGUAGAGGUUGGGACGAAGAAGAAACCUCUACCCAAGCCUAAAUGGAUGAAGGAAGCAAUUCCUGGAGGGGAGAAGUAUACCCAGAUUAAGAAAAAGUUGAGGGAAUUGAAGCUUCAUACUGUUUGUGAAGAAGCUAAAUGCCCUAAUAUGGGUGAAUGUUGGUCUGGUGGUGAAACUGGGACUGCUACUGCAACAAUUAUGAUUCUUGGAGAUACUUGUACAAGAGGUUGCAGGUUCUGCAAUGUGAAGACAUCACGAACACCUCCUCCACCAGAUCCAAAUGAACCAGCUAACGUUGCCGAGGCAAUUGCAUCAUGGGGUUUGGAUUAUGUAGUCAUUACUAGUGUUGACCGUGAUGACUUAGCUGACCAAGGAAGCCACCAUUUUGCUGAGACUGUGCAGAGGUUAAAGACCUUGAAGCCAAAUAUACUCAUCGAAGCAUUGGUUCCUGACUUUAGAGGUGAUUGUGGGUGUGUGGAGAAAGUAGCCAAGUCAGGGUUAGAUGUUUUAGCCCAUAACAUCGAGACUGUCGAAGAGCUUCAGAGUUCAGUUCGAGAUCAUCGGGCCAAUUUCAAGCAAUCAAUUGAUGUUCUGAAGAUGGCCAAAGAGUUUGCUCCUCCCGGGACUCUUACCAAGACUUCGAUAAUGUUGGGUUGUGGUGAAACACCUGAACAAGUGGUGUCUACGAUGGAGAAAGUAAGGGCAGCGGGCGUUGAUGUGAUGACUUUCGGUCAGUAUAUGAGGCCAUCAAAGCGACACAUGGCCGUUUCCGAAUACAUCACUCCAGAAGCUUUUGACAAGUAUAAAGUUCUUGGCAUGGAAAUGGGAUUUCGUUAUGUGGCAUCUGGUCCGAUGGUGAGGUCAUCAUACAAGGCGGGUGAAUAUUAUAUCAAAUCGAUGAUUGAAUCUGAUCGUGCUUCUUCAUCAAAUUAAUUGUGUCUAAUGAUAAAUAAUUUGAUGGCGUAAGCUUUCGAAACCGAUUCUAUUUACUGUACUGUUAGGCUGUUGAUCACUUUUGAAGAUACUUGUAUAAGUUUUAUGUAAGUAACAAUUAUGUUCUCCACACUUCAUAUGAACUUUAUUCUUGUUGUCCCGACCGUGUCGGGCCAAAACCAAUAGCACUUGGAAAUUCGAAUUCUCUGGUUUGAUUCAAGAAAAAGAGUAUUUGUCUGUUGUUAUUUUGUUUAAAC